AUGAAUUUCGAAGGCGUGGAAGUGGCCCACUUCUUCCCUCUUGCAUGGUUCGAUAUGUCAUCAGAAGUCAAGGACUUGAAGGGUGAGGCUACCCAUGAUGCUCUCAAGAAGUCCUAUGAUUCGUCCGAGAACGGCAUCCUAUUGCGGAAGGGCAUACAUGAUCAUCAGUUUGGAAUCAGCAAUGGCGCUAUAUAUAGAUUUGAAAAGUCUGGCACCUCCAGUUUAUCCAAUAUAAGCCCAGAUCUCAAGCAGCCUGUGAAGGAUGCACCUCCUCGUCCCGACUCAGACGAUCCUCCUCGUCCCGACUCAGAUGACUCUUCUCGUUCCGACUCAAAUGAUCCUCCUCAUGUCCCGGAUUUGAAUCAAGACUUCCUUGAUCUCCAUCACAAGAUCGGUGUCUUAUUGAACGUCGCGGGCGGCGGGACGCGCUUCUCGCGACUCCGAGAACACAGGUGCAUUCGAGCCAGACACGAACCCACAAAAGCCCGAUACCGCAACACCCACCGUUUGGCGCCCAUCCCCCCACGUCGCUCGCUCGGCCAAGAACAUCCCGAAGCGCUCCGCGCGCGACCCGCAGACGCGUCCAUGAAGGAGGCUCCUCCUCCCACCGCGUCGGACAGAACCGUCGGACGCAGGGCCGCGAGGAACCUCGAGGGACUUCGAGGAGCUCGGCUGACCCGAUGGCGCCAUCGAAGCCGCGUCCAAAACCGUCGGCGCACCCCCGAAGCCCCAUUCGCACCCGAGGUCAAGUGGACUCGCGCGUCCGUACGCCCAAAGGGCAAAGGCCAGAUGUGGGACCCGCGUCGCGCACACGCUCGCGCGUCCCCGAGUUCCCCCGAAUUCGGAUUUCGCGCGCGCUCAACCCUGAGGUUCCAUGUCGGCAAGCGUGCGGGUUCCAUCCGGUGCUCGCAUCGCAAGAAACAAGCACAGGCGAGCGCAAGCCGCACCCCGCAUCCGUGUCGUCGUGUGGCCGCGCAAUAG